AUGCCACUAACAGGCCAUCGCACCUUUCGAGCAACCCUCCGUGAGUUCGCCACACCAUCCAACGCCUCUGGCCUGUACAAUAUGAUCCCCAAUGCUGUCCGUUCGAAAAUAGCAAAGGGCACCAAGGUACCACUUCUCAGCUCACUGCAUCGGACUCAGCAUGCCCUGGGUACCACUUCGCCCGAGAGAAGCAGAUCGUCCAGCACAACAAGCCAGUCCACAGACGACGCGGAUAUCGUUAGCAUAGCACGCGCUCCAUCAACUCCGCUGAACACGCCCCGUACCAACUGUCCCGAGACAGCUUCCGAAAACAACACUCUAGUUCCCUUUGACCCUUCGACGACUGAUACUACCAGUGCCUCCAUCAACUGGCAGGUAGCAGAACUUGGCUAUAGCAUGCUGCAGACGGCCAAGCACCAAGCAUUUUGUCGGGGAGGUGACGAUCUGGUCGUACGCAGGAUGCAUAUUGACGCCAUCAGCUACCUCCAUAUGGCAUUACCCCAGGAUCUCACCCCUGCAGAAAUCGAGAGGCUGCGUCAGAACAUGCCCGACACACUUCUUCACGGCAACACUGGGGUCACCAAGUCCCAGCCGAGUAGCGCACUCCGCCGCUUCACCGCCUGGACUGUGACUUGGAUGUUGUCAUGGUUCCUCUUCGCCGUUCCGGUGAUGAUGAUGCUUCUGAGUGCGCUGCUUCGCUUCGAGAGGCAGAAUCAGCUCACCGAGCGAGGACUGGCGUUUGCUGAGGGGGUGGGAACUGGUUUUGUCAACAUCACGGCAGGCAAGCAGGCAGACUCGCCAGCUUUUGGUGACGUUGUUGGGAGGACUAUCGCCAGAGCAUCUAUAUGUUCCAGCAGAGUGCUGGGAGAAAUCGUAUGCGGGAUCGAAGACGGAUGGGACCAGAUGAUGACAGGCCAAAGACCGGCGGGAGCCACAGAGAUGGUCCAAAUGCGUUCUCGAUAG